GGCUCGUACUAUGUGAUUACAAAAUCUUUGAGUGCCAAAGUGUACCAAGAUUUGGUCGAUCGAGGAUGGAGAAGGUCUGGUAAUCUCAUCUACAAGCCUGAUGUAUACCGGUCAUGCUGCCCUCACUACACCAUCAAGUCAGCAACACAUUUCCAACCUCAGCCGAACUCCGUUGACGAAUCUUCCAGACUACCCGCACAAUCUCUAGCUACAAACACCAACCAGCGAAAGGCCUUGAACAGUUGGAACAAGUUUGUGCUUGGAGAGGACUACAUCAAGGAGACUGCCAAGCGCUUCCCCAAGACGAAAGAAAACGGCUUCGAUUUAUUGCAUACAGUUCACGAAGCAGAAGUCGACCAACUGAAGCCCGUCACUCCAGCCCAUCGCUUCGAAGUCACUCUGGAGCCCGAUGAUUGCACUGAGGAGAAGUUCCAAGUCUACAAGAACUACCAGAUCCAUGUGCACCACGACGAGCCUGGAGAGGUUACAAAACGAGGCUUCGAGCGCUUCCUCUGCAAAUCCCCCAUAGCUCGGGAGACCGUAAAGAAGAAUGGCAAAGACAUGCGUCUUGGAUCAUAUCAUCAAUGCUACAGACUCGAUGGUCGACUGAUUGCAAUCGGCGUACUGGAUCUCUUGCCACAUGCUGUUAGUGGAGUCUACUUCAUCUACCAUCAAGACUUUGAGAAGUGGAGUUUUGGCAAGCUCAGUGCAACGAGAGAAGCAGCUCUUGCGCUUGAAGGCGGUUACGAGUUCUACUACAUGGGGUACUACAUUCACAACUGCAUCAAGAUGCGUUACAAGGGCGAUUACAAGCCGCAGUAUGUGCUGGAUCCUGAGACAUACGAGUGGAAUCCGCUGGAUGGAGAACUGCGCGAGUUGAUGGGUCAGCAAAAGUAUGUCUCGUUGUCUCGCGAGCGCAAACACAAGCAAGGCGAGAAACAAACUCCUUAUCUGUUAGACACGCCGGCAGAAGUAGCUGCAAGUCCGGAAGAUCUGUUUCAAUGGGGCAUGCCAGGGAUGAUGAGUCCUACAGACGUCGAAGCGCAGGUCAAUAUGGACAAGAUGCGCAUCCACAUCAGCAAAGGAAUGACGGUGUACACAGAGGACCUGGUGGCAUGGGAAAGUGGUGGUAUCGAAGACCCAAACUCAAUUAAAGGAGUGGUUGGCAGAUACGCAGCCAUGGUUGGACCUGAAGUUGCUAAGACAGCUAUCUUGGACUUUUCUGGACAC